AUGGGUUUGAAUAAUAUCCUUGUUGUCGAGUUCAAAGAUCUUUUUCCAUCAAUGAUUGAAAAAUUGGGUGCGGAAGGAUUUAUGAACGAGUUGUACAAAGGGUUUGAAUCUUUGGAGGACAGAGACACGAAAGGAUUCAUAACGUUUGAGAGCUUGAAGAGGAAUGCAUCGUGGAUAGGGUUGGAGAAGAUGAACGACGAUGAAUUGAGAUGUAUAUUGAGAGAAGGAGAUGUUGAUGGAGAUGGUAAAUUGAGUGAGAUGGAGUUUUGUGUUCUUAUGUUUAGAUUGAGCCCUGGGUUGAUGGAUGGUUCACACAGAUGGUUAGAAUCUACUAUUCUGAUGGAAUUUAUGUAA